AAAUCCCCCCCUCCCCCCCCACGACCGCGUUCAUUCAUAAAUCCCCUGUCGCGUCGGGAGUGUUGGCACACCUCCCCCCCCAACGCUGCUUCCCGUCUCCUGCCUGGCCCUCGGGCCUUCCCCCAGCCCGACCUGCCGUCCCCACUCCCCAUAAUCCCCACCCCCGGCGCGUGCACAAAUCCCCCGGCCGCCCAUUCACAAAUCCCGAGGCGCGGGAGGGUUGGCCGCCCUGGCGCGCACUCCAAGAUGGCGACGAGCGGCAAGCCUCGCCACGGGCAGCCCAAGAACAUCUCCUCGCUCAUCUCGCGGCUCCACGGGGCUUUCGCCGAUGCCAUGGCGCCGCCCAAGCUCGUCAUAGACAGACGGACCCUAGAGAAAACCUGGAAGCUCAUGGACAAAGUGGUAAAGCAGUGCCAGCAGACCAAGAUGAACCUGAAGAACUCGCCUCCCUUCAUCUUGGAUAUUUUGCCCGACACUUACCAGCACCUGAGGCUCAUUUACACCAAAUACGAGAACAGUCUCCACACCCUCAACAAUAACGAGUAUUUCAAGGUCUUUGUGGAGAACAUGAUGCGCAAGUGCAAGCAGGCGCUACGCCUCUUCAAGGAGGGCAAGGAACUGAUGUUUGAUGAGAGCUCGCACUACAGGCGCAACCUGACGAAACUCUCACUGGUCUUCUCGCACAUGCUGUCAGAGCUCAAGGCCACCUUCCCCCAGGGCUCCUUUGCGGGCGACCAGUUCCGGAUCACCAAGGGCGACGCAGCAGAUUUUUGGAAAAAGUGCUUUGGAGACAGAACGGUGGUGCCUUGGAGAUACUUCCGCGACACACUGAGCGAGGUGCACCCCAUAGGCUCUGGGCUGGAGGCCAUGGCGCUAAAAUCCACCAUAGACCUGACCUGCAAUGAUUACAUAUCCAGUUUCGAGUUUGAUGUCUUCACCAGACUAUUCCAGCCGUGGCCAACGUUGUUACGCAACUGGCAGAUCCUAGCAGUCACACAUCCGGGUUACGUUGCCUUCCUCACAUAUGACGAGGUCAAAGCCAGAUUACAAAAAUAUAUUAACAAACCAGGAAGUUAUGUGUUCCGACUGUCAUGUACACGGCUGGGCCAGUGGGCCAUUGGCUACGUGACGAGUGAUGGCAGUAUCCUUCAAACCAUUCCGCAGAAUAAGUCCCUCUGUCAGGCGCUCCUUGAUGGACACAGAGAAGGAUUCUAUUUGUAUCCCGACGGGCGGAAUAUAAAUCCAGACUUGUCCUGGGUUGUACAAGACACUCCAGAGGACCAUAUAAAGGUUACUCAAGAACAGUACGAGUUGUACUGUGAAAUGGGGUCCACAUUCCAGCUUUGCAAAAUCUGUGCAGAAAACGACAAGGAUAUUAGAAUAGAACCGUGUGGCCAUCUCCUCUGUACGCCGUGUUUAAUGUUAUGGCAGGAUUCAGAAGGCCAGGGCUGCCCCUUCUGCCGAGCAGAGAUCAAGGGGACGGAGACAAUCAUAGUGGACCCGUUUGACCCCCACAAACAGCACCGCACGCAAUCUCUGUCUAGUGGUCAGCUGAUAUAUAUGGAGGAGGAGGAUGAGGCUGCCCAGAAAGAUCAACACCCCCCCAAGGACGAAGUCACGACCACAGGCGAGGGUCGCGAAGCUUCUGGUGCCUCAAGGAGAGACAAGGAGAGUCCUCAGGUCGGGCAGCGGUCGUCGGGAACCCCGGCGAGAGGCGCGAGCGGCGUGGCGGCCGCGCUAAAGAAGCGAUCGGCCGAAAAGCCCAAGUGGUAUGUCGAAAACCCCGUGCCGAGCGAUCCGCCGCAGAUCCCGAGCAGAUCCGCAGCAGGCGCCGAGCCGAGGCGCCCGCCGUCCAAGUCGUCGUCAGCGUCGUCCACGCCGUCGCCCGGGGCCAAGAGAGCGAGCAAAUCCGUGGGCGGGCGUCCGAGGUCUCACGAGAUCACGAAGAAUGCGUCACUGAAUGGACGGCAGGAGGUGAGGAGGUCGCUGGAUCUGCUGGCGGGGGACACACACACCAAGCACCGGCGGCCUCCUCCUCCGGUGCCCCAGAGCGAUGGCGGUGAACGAGAGACCUCCGCCCAUUCCUCCUCUGCCUUCCUUCUUUCGCAACAACAAAAUGCCUCCGCGAUCCGCCUCGGCUUACUCGUCUCCCUCUUCCAGCUCCUCCGCUUGCUCCUCCCCAUCUCUCUCCCGACAGCUAGCGGAGGAGGAAGAGAAGAAACAGAGAAAAAUGGAAGGAAGCGAAAUAGAGAAGAAACUGAAGAUGCUGCUGCCUUCGUUCGACGACAAGGACAUCAGCGACGAGGAGGCGGCCCUCCCGCUACCCCACGAGUUCCAGGGCAAGGACAUGAGCGACCUGAUGCGCUUCGUCGAGGCCAGCUGCGAGGACAGCGGCGCGUACCCGAACCUCGUCUACGAGUACAGCGAGCUUCCGAACGGGGCGUCGCCGCCGUCGCCGCCCGCGCGCUUCGACAGCAUGCCCCAGCCCGAUUCGAACGCCUCUCCCCCCACAUCGGGUGCGCCCCCAUCUGCGAGCCCCAAAGAGGGCGGCGGGGGAGGAGCCAAGCCCAAGGAAGCCUCGCAGCCUCCUCAGCCGACGCGAAGGAUGACCGUGAAGAAAAAUCAAGCCGAGAGGAAGGACGAAGGUGCCGCUGCAGACGGUGGGGGGCGGGGCGAGGCCGCGGAGAAGG